AUGCGGCAAAGGACUUCUCUGUACAAGGAAAAGCUCCUUGAUCAGGAUGGCUCUUCCUCAGAUGAAACUUUACCAGCCACACCCAUCAAAAAAUCACCAUCACCAAAGGAGGACAAAGAUAAAAAGGAGGAAAAGAAAACAGAGGAGGAAAAUAAACCGGAGGAUGAAAAAGAUGGGGUCGAACAUGAAGAGGAAAGUUGCUGUGACAUGAUUGCCUGUAAAUUCAAGAAGCCUCCAGUCAAAUAGUUCAUACAACAUCUACGAAUACCUGAAAGCAUUGAUACAUAUUCAGAUCGGCUUUAUCUGGUAUGGUUGUCUUUCGUGGUACUCAACUGGAACUGCUGGUUUAUUCCAAUGCGCUGGGCUUUCAAGUAUCAGUCAGCAAGGAUUCUUCCUUUCUGGUUAAUUGUGGUUAUCUGUGACUUCAUCUAUCUGCCGGAUAUGUUGGUGUUCCAAGUCCGCCUGCAUUUCAUGAACCAGGGAGACAUAAUAACUGAUUAAAUAGAAAUGAGAAAACACUAUUCAAAAUCAAUAAAACUCAAACUUGAUCUCGUGUCAAUAAUCCCGUCUGAUUUAUUAUAUUUGCUGUUUGAUUAUAAUCCCCUGUUCCGACUAAACCGUUUACUUAAGUAUUCAAUCUUCUUUGAAUUCAAAGAUCAUCCAAUGAAACAAGCUUACAUUUACAGGAUUGCCCGGACAAUAGGAUAUCUGCUUUUCCUCUUGCACUUAAAUGCCUGUCUAUAUUACUGGGCUUCAGAUUUAGACGGUAUAGGCAGCAACAAAUGGGUCUACAAUGGUAAAGGAAACAGCUACCUGAGAUGUUACUAUUGGGCAGUCCGAACUUUGAUUACAUUUGGCGGCAUUCCUGAACCAGUCACAGUCUCUGAACUAAUCUUUCAGCGCUGCAAUUAUUUCACAGGUGUCUGGUUCUCCAGUUUAUUUGGUCAGAUGCGUGAUAUUAUUGGAGCAGCUACUGCAGGCCAGAGUUAUUACCCAACAUCUUUGGACAACUCUGUUGCAUUCAUGAAUAUAUAUUCAGUUUCAAGAAACGGACAAAAUCGUAUACGUAAAUGGUAUGAAUACACAUGGGAAUCACAAGGCCAGCUGGAUGUAUCUGAGAUGAUGGAAAGUAGGCCAGUAAAGAUGCAACUGUCCAUUGCUAUUGAUCAAAACUAUGAGACAGUCAGCAAGGUUGAUCUGUUUAAGGAUUGUGACCAGGAGAUGAUAUAUGAUAUGCUCAUCAAGAUGAAAUCAGCUGUCUAUUUGCCUGGUGAUUUUAUAUGCAAGAAGGGAGACAUUGGAAAAGAAAUGCUCAUCAUCAAGUCAGGACAGGUGCAAGUGCUUGGUGGACCAGAUGGUAAAAAGGCUCUGGUGACCUUGAAGGCUGGAUCCGUAUUUGGGGAAAUCAGUCUUUUAGCCGCAGGCGGAGGCAAUCGACGGACAGAAGGAUUCACAAACUUGUUUACUUUAGACAAAAAGACUCUGAAUGAAAUUCUGCUGUAUUAUCCAGAUUCUCAGAAGAUCCUUAAAAGGAAGGCCAAUCGCAGAGACAGAGCGGCGAAGAUACUACACAUGGACAGCGUCGGCGAUCGGCGGACAUCCACAAUCAUGGUGAAGAUGUCAGCCCUGAUGGACAGGCACCGCCCCUGUCUGUUCUUUGAACAGGCGAUCCUGGAGCAGAUGCCUGACGAAGUCCAACUGAUGCUCGCCGGAGCUGAUUUCAGCGACCCCCAACAGGGAGCUGAUGAAUUGUGGGCACACUGA